AUGGAUCCUCACACAUUUGAUGCUGUUUUCCCUGCACAGGAUGAGGCAGAUUCAGAAAUAAUCGUGUCGUCAAACGCCGACAUCAUCAUCGAGGACGCCCCCAUGCCCGAUACCAUCGUCGCGCCGCCCGCCUCCCCCCCAGCCGCCAUCUCCUCCGAGGAUUCUACUCCUGCUGGUCCGGCCUCAUCCUCCUCCCCCCUCUCUUCCCACCUACCUUCCUCCGAUGAUGCUCCUCUCGCCACCGCCGCCCCCGUCGUUCAACCCCCUGACAGAGCUUCGCGCAUGGUGGCUGCUUCAGGCGCAAAAGACGCGGAGUCAGAUUGCUGCCAAAAGGACAAGAUUGACCAAAGAGACAUUGCGCGGCGAAGACAAAUCAGGAUCCGGCAAAUGGAGCUCGAGCUGGUCGGACUUGAGCAGUACGCCCAGGACGCCGAGCAGGCGAUUGAGCUAUAA